CUUUGACCUUUGCCUCUUGCUUCACUUGAUAAUUCAUGCUGAAUUGUGUGAACCUGCUCAUAAGGAAUUUGAAACGCUCGACCUUUCGAAAUAUGUCCACGGUUACUAAAUCUUCUCCAUCCGACGCCAACUCGAAUAACAGUCGAAGACCUCGAAACCCAUGGAAUGACCAUGUCCCACGACCACGAAAAGGAUUUGGAAAGAAUAUCAAUGAUACAGGAAGGAGCAGGCCAACCCAUUUUCUUUGCCUUCCCUUAGUAAAGGACAUCAUCCAGACUUGCAAGAUAAAAUGACAAAAUUUCAAUCAUCCUUGCUUGAAGGUUCAGUCGAUGGACUGGAUCCAUCCAUAUUGAUCAAACCUCGGAGACUACACUUUACUCUAGGUGUAAUGAGCCUUUCGCCUCAAUCCUCCAUUUCUAGUCAAAGUUCAACAACCGUUGAAUCCGCGUUGACGCUCCUACGAUCCCUGCAACCUCAAUUGACCGAAUUAUGUGCAGUCGGCAAAAGCGGAACUCUCCAGGCUUCUUUGGAAAGAUUGGGUGCAUUUGAAUCAAAGGACGGGGCUAGAGUGAUGUGGGUCAGUCCAAGAGAGAAUGAAGGAUGGCCAGAAUCUGAAGAGGAGUUGGAGGAACGGGUGAAGCUUGUGCGUGUUGCCGACAUGGUUCAUCGGGCGUUCAAGGACGCAGAAUAUAUCACUGAAACCAGGCCACUCAAACUUCACUGUACGCUCAUCAACACCAGUUACCGAAAACCGUUCAGCAGAAAGCCACAGCUCUUCUCCUUCACCGAUGUACUCGCUUCCAAUACCUUAUCAGAAUUUCGCCCGAAUGGAUAUUCCACACAGGCCACUUCCGUAUCAUCACCUUCAGAGUCAUCCCCUGAUAGAACGACUCGAGUCGCCCUUGGAACGUAUACUAUUCCCGAAAUACAGUUGUGCGCAAUGGGAAGCCAUGGGCCUGAGGAUGAAUAUGUUAGCUUGGGAAGUGUUAAGUUCAAUGCCGAUGUCGCUCGUGGUGAAUGAGUAGUCGAAAAUGAAUCCACAAUAAACACUGUGACAACCAGAAUUGGUUUUUUGCUUAACUGAACCGUUUUGGCUGUUCACAGAGGCAGUUUUGCAUCCACCAUGCGCUAAUCCAAAGUCGAAGUCAAGCUAUUCACCUUACUAACAGUCUGUAUUAAUCAAAUUGAGGCCCAGACAUAGGCUUGAAAUCCAUUGGUAGUAAUGUGAACUGUACAACUUGAACUGUCACGAAGCGGCAGAGGCAGAGUGACUAAGCAAGGCAGUGAGGC